AUGGAAGUACGGGCAGAGGGUUAUACAAAGAUCUUGCCACUUGUUCAAUCACUGUGUCCGUGUAGAAAGGUGCAGAUUGAAAAGCUGGUUGGUCUUUUUGGCGAAAAGGAUGAAAUAGCCUAUCCCGCAAUUUUUGUUUAUGGACACACAGGAACUGGGAAAAGUCAUGUUCUUAGGUCGUUAAUGAACAAUUUGAAAUUGGUGCACAUUUUUGUGAACUGCAUUGAAUGCCACUCCGCCAAACUGGUAUUUGAAAGCAUAUUGGAAGGCUUAGAAUUGCUUUGCAGCGUUGACUACAACAGAAAAUGUGACAACUUCAAUGAAUUUUUGCGUCAUUUUAAAUUCUUUAUGCAAGCUGAAUUUUUCUGUGAAACAUUUUAUAUCAUUUUUGAAAAAUCAGAAAGAUUGAGAAGCAUGGAUACAAACCUGAUUUCUGGAUUUAUGAAAUUAGCUGAGCUCUCGAGAAUGAAUGUAUGUGUUAUAUUUGAGACAGAAAUAGCACUAGAGAAGUUUUUUGUCGGUACUGGCUUCAAUCUACCUGCUGAAGUUCAUUUUGAUGAAUAUACCCAGAAAGAGUUGGUGAAAAUAAUGUCACUUGUUUGUCCAGUGGGGUACAGUACAGAAUUCUAUGCUUCCUAUUGCCAGCUGGUCAUUAGUGUGUUCCAUCCUGUUUGUAGAGACUUGAAUGAAUUAAAGCAUUUGGCUGUGCUAAACUUCUCAAAAUAUUGCGAGCCUCUUAAGAAAGAUGGUUUUGCUGAUGCCAGGCAACUUUGGCGAAAUAUUGAGCCUCAAUUGAAGAUGUGUCUUUCAACUGUAUACCUCCGUGAAGUGUCAAGUAUUAAAUGGGAAGAAAUGCAUCAAGGCAAUAUGGAAGACUAUGUGAAGCCAAAAGCCAUCCUUGAACUCCCGUUCUUGUCAAAAUAUUUGCUUAUUGCUGCAUAUCUGGCCUCACAUAACCCAUCAAGAAGUGACAGAAGAUAUUUUUGCAAGCAAACGUCUGGUAAGAUGAGUAGAAGAGCAAAAACAUCAAUUAAAACAGCAGCCUCUGAUGGCAAAGUAACUGGACCAAAAGCAUUUCCACUGGAUCGUUUAAUGGCCAUAUUUUUCUGCAUUAUAGAGGGAAAAGUUAAGCCAAAUUGCAGUUUGAUUUCGCAGAUAUCCUCGCUAGUUAGCCUGAACCUAAUGGCAAAACUCAGUGCAGAUGACCAGAUUGACAUAUCAAAAUACAAAUGUUUAGCGGAUUUUGAUUUCAUCAAGUCAAUUGCGCAGAAUGUUGGCUUUCAUCUUGAGCAAUAUCUCUUUGAGCAGUGA